GCUUCAUAUAAACACUCCCUCUUUCACUUCAUUGCUCCAAAAAGUCCUGGCUCAACAACAAGCAUACUUACUUGAUCCUCCAUUAUCUCCAUCAUUGUCACCAUCACCUUUCUCCUCCCCUUUUGUUGCAGAAUGGAAGGUAGGAGAGUGGAGAGGAAGAAAACAUUGUUUGAGAGGGUGAGAAAGAAUAGCACAGUGGAUGAGGAAGUGGAAAAUGAAGGGGAGGAGGAGGAUGAAAGUGGUGUUAAUAUUACUGAAGAAGAGAAGAAGAUAGGGGUUAGUAGUGGUGGUGGGAGAAGAGGGUCAAGUGGGGGUGGUGGAGGGGUUUCUCCACCUUCAUGUCAAGCAGAGAGGUGUGGUGCUGAUUUAACUGAUGCAAAGAGGUACCAUCGCCGCCACAAGGUGUGUGAGUUUCAUUCCAAGGCACCUGUUGUGGUGGUUGCAGGACUGAGGCAGAGGUUUUGUCAGCAAUGUAGCAGGUUCCAUGAUCUGGCGGAGUUUGACGAAUCCAAGAGAAGCUGCCGCAGACGGUUGGCUGGACACAACGAACGGCGCAGGAAAACCAACCCGGAAGCUGCCAAUGAGGGCAACAGCAAAGGCCAACACCCUAAGGAAACAACACAUUGCAGGCUUGCAGAUGAGAGGGGGAGAAUUCAGAUGAACCUAACAGGGAGUUCUGAAUACAAGUCUUUCAACAUCAGAUGAAGCCAAAGUGUUCAGCUAGCUCUCUCUCUUCUGUCAGCCUCUGGUUUCUUACAAGCCAAGGCAUGUAAUAAAGACCACUUUGUAUGUUCACAUGAGUAAGAAUAAAAAUCACAACUUCCAACAUCCAAAGCCUGGUGUCUUAUUAUGCAAUGUAAGCUAGUUUCCUGAGCUCUAUGUUUUUCUUAUUUAGAUAAAGAGUGCCUUUUGUUUCUGUUUGCCUCAUUACCAUUGUUAUCCUAUUGAAGCACCCUUCUUGAAUGGUGUGCUCUUAUCUUCCAUUGGAUUAGAAUAAAAAGCUAUUGCUUCUUUUGGGCAUUCACGUUUGUAUUUC